AUGAAAGUUGCUUUCAUUGUCCUGUAUAUAUUUAGCGUUUUAUUAGAUUUAUCCGCGGCGAUCGAUAAUUUAGAGGAUUUCCUAGAGAAAUCAAGAAAAGAAAUUGGAAGAUUCACACAUUCUACAUUAAAGGACACAUCGAAAGGGACAGAGAAUGUGGAACAAUUGGUCAAGGACGAAUGGCAUGAGUGGAUGGACGAGAUGCAAAUGGAGUGGAAUGAAUUCAACUCCUCCCUCGAAAGUGAAAAAAACAAGUGGUUUGGGAAAAAAGAAAAAGAAAUGAUAAACUUUAUCAAGUCCAUAGAGGACAAGUGGCUCUAUUUUAAUGAGAACAUGCAUGAAAUGCUUAAUUAUGGCAUUUUAAAAAUUUCCUUAAUGUGGAACUUUGCUGAGUGGCAAGAAUGGAUUAAUAAAGAUGGAAAACGUAUUAUAGAAGACCAAUGGGAUAACUGGACCACUAGAAAUCAAAAACUUUACUAUAAACUAAUUAUGAGAGAAUGGAUUAAAUGGAAAAACAGAAAAAUUAAGCAGUGGCUUAGACGUAACUGGGUACACCAUGAAGGUAGAAUUUUAGAAAAUUGGGAGCUUGCAUCAUGCGCUAAAAUUUUAGCUAUUACUGAGAAAAAAAACUGGUUCAAUUCGAAUGCACAGAUUAUUAAUGAAAGGGACUCCUUAUUCAACUGGAUUAAGGAAAAGGAAGGUUCCUUAGUGAGCGAAGAACGCGAUAAGUGGAGAAAAUGGGAAUACAACAAAAACGAUUUCUUCAAAAAAUGGAUGGACUCCUUUCUUAGCCAUUGGUUAAAUAUGAAAAAACAGGAUAUACUGCAUAACCAACGUUAA